AUGAUUGAACCCAUCUUUAAUCUACCUGAGUCAAGUACUACAACAACAGUCUUCAACAUGCCAGAGCCAAUAUUCAACAUUCCAGAUUCUACUGUUGUUCAACUAAUUUUCAACAUUCCAAAAUCAUUUGAACAAGUCUUCAAUAUUCCUAAGCCAGUGGUUUUCCAAAGGCCUAGUCCUUUUCCUUUUGAGAAUACUAAAGCAGUUCCUGGGAAGUAUGACACGACUGUCGUUAAACAAAGGUCUGAGAAAGUAGGUCAGAAAGAAGGUCUAAAGAUUGCAAGCACUGAUAUAGCAGGGGGAAGCAGAAUGAUCCACAAUGGUCGAAUUUAUACCCCUCAGUUCAAUUUGACUCCGCCAAUUCCACCGAAAGAAACCACCACCACUGUUACCGACAAAGGCAAAGGGGUGAUCCCAACUGAUGAAGACACUGAAUUUCCAAGGAUUAUCAAGAAGAGUGAUUACAAUAUUCUUAAUCAGCUACAUCAAACACCUUCAAAGAUAUCCAUUCUGUCUCUUCUCAUGAGUUCUCUAACUCAUAGGAUUGCCUUGCAAAUAUUGUUAGCUCAGGCCCAUGUCGCUCACGACACUACUAUUGAUCAAUUUGAUGGGAUCAUUGCCAACAUUACAACAUGCAACAAUCUCAGCUUUAGUAGUGAAGAUUUGCCGAAGGAUGGCCAAGAUCAUAACCGUGCUUUGCACAUAUAUGUGAAAUUCCAAGAAGAUACCCUAGCAAGAGUCCUUAUGGACACUGGCUCCUCUCUGGAUGUUUUACCUAAGAGGACGCUCACUAAGUUGGCAUAUCAAGGGGCUAAGAUGAGGCCAAACGCAUUAAUUGUUAAGGUUAUGGACAUCAAUCCAAAUUAUAGUUGUUUGCUUGGAAGGCCGUGGAUUCAUGUUGUUGUGGAAGUGACUUUCGUCUUGCACCAAAAAAUGAAAUUUGUUAUUGAUGAUAAGCUGGUGAUUAUGUCCGGUGAGGAAGAUCUUAUGGUAAGCCACCUCUAUUUGUUCAGUUACAUUGAGGUUGAUGAGGACGCUUUGGAAACUUCUUUCCAAGCUCUUGAAAUAACCAACGCCGUCCUUAUGGAAGUAGAUGAACCAAAGGGGAAGGGUAUUCCAUAUUUUGCAUCAUGGAAGAAAGCAAUAUUAACCAUUAAGGAAGGAAGUCUCGAAGGUUGGGGAGAUGUUAUUGACGUCAAAAUAAAGCUGGACCGUUAUGGGUUGGGAUACAAACCAACUAAUGCCAAGAAGGGAGCACCAACCUCCAUCAGAGGAUGUCCGAAAACUAUCCAAGAAGUGUUUGUAAGUGCUGAAUAUCAAGUCAAUGCUAUUGAUGAAGAUAUUGAAGAUGAAGAUUUGAGCAACCUGGUGUACCAGUGUGAUGUGGUUUUGAACAAUUGGAAGGAGAUUGAAAUCCCAGAGAUGUUUCCUUUGUCAAAAAUAAAAGAAAACCAUGUUGAAUCCAAUGACUCUACUUUCAAUCCUAACUUUGAUUCAUCCAUCUACCAAGUUGAAGAAGAGGGUGAGGAAGGUUGUGAUGUUCCCGAUGAACUGGAAAGAUUGGUUGAGUACGAGUACACGUAUCUCCAACCACAUCAAGAGUAG